AUGGACGCAAAUCCACAGCCAUGGCCGUUGGCACUGCUCGUGCUGCUGAUGGCUCCUCUGCCAGCAGCAGAAGCUGCGCCCAAGGGUGUGAUUGGGCUGCACAUUGCUAUUGAAAUUGUGAUCCUGCUAUGCAUCAUCGCGUUUGUCGGUGCCUUCAUCGCCUACCUCUGCUACACCACGCGUACCUUCUGCUUCAAGAAGCGCCGUCGCGCCAUCGAUGUGCAUGAGAUGGUGCACAAUGAGAUGCUGCAGCAGAACGAUGGGAUGCGGUUCUCAACCUCCGGCGGUAUGACGGCCAACCCGCUGGCAGCGAAAGGCGGCGGCGACCUCCCGCCAGCCCUUAGAAACUCCGUCAAGCGCAACAACUCUGACGCACAGGUCGUGCAAGACGACGACAGCGAUGACGACGGCGCUGGCGGUGCCGGCGACUAUGACAACAUCCCUGGCCCCGACGGCACCGAUCCCGACCCGGGCCAGCGCGCAUCGCACAGCCGCCCGCCCGCGCCGCUGCCAACCAACGCCGCCGAGGUCAUCUCACCGCUCCCAAAGACACCAAGCGCUUCGUCCUCGUCAGCGGCACAGGUCGUGCAAGACGACGACAGCGAUGACGACGGCGCUGGCGGUGCCGGCGACUAUGACAACAUCCCUGGCCCCGACGGCACCGAUCCCGACCCGGGCCAGCGCGCAUCGCACAGCCGCCCGCCCGCGCCGCUGCCAACCAACGCCGCCGAGGUCAUCUCACCGCUCCCAAAGACACCAAGCGCUUCGUCCUCGUCAGCGCUCGAGUACGUGUGUUCCCAUCGUCGCCACCUCCACCUGUCCUGUCGUGCUGUGCUGCCUCGCAGCCAUUGUGAUGAUGAUGAUGAUGAUGAUGAUGAUGAUGAUGAUGAUGAUGAUGAUGAUGAUGAUGAUGAUGAUGAUGAUGAUGAUGAUGAUGAUGAUGAUGAUGAUGAUGAUGAUGAUGAUGAUGAUGAUGAUGAUGAUGCAAUUGUGUGA